UUCUCGCUUCAACCAGUAUUGUUCCACUUUUAAAAUAUGAUAACAAAUGGUGAGACGUCUGACGCAGGACAUCUUAAACGUAAAAGUACAGCGAAACAUGUGUUCCAAAAUCAAGGACCAGUGACCCAAGUGGAACUAGCUGGAGACAUUACCAACAUAACCCACAACUACGAACCAGCCAAUGUACCAUCAACGAGCAAGCUACGUCCAAUCCGUUUUCAAUAUCAACCUCCCGUUGAAGACUUCAUUGGACGACAGGAGGAAUUAGGUUUUUUGAAAGAAAAACUUUGCAUUGAAAAUCCACGCGUGAUGGUCGUUUCUGGAUUGGGCGGAAUUGGAAAGACACAACUGGUCAAGCAGUUUAUAAAGGAGAGCAAAGAGUUUUAUCGGAACGUCGUUUGGAUUAACUCACAAGGGAAGGAAUCAGUCGAGAAGGAGUUUAAAACACUAGCAGAAUCCGAACUGGAUUUAUCACUAAACGUAAAUGGCAAAGAAAGGGAUUUUCGUACCAUAAUUCACAUGGUGUUCGAUCGACUUUCCACAUCGAAAACUAUGCUUGUUUUCGACAAUGUCGACCAAGCCGACACCGCUAAAAUUGUACUUGACGUUGUUGCAGUUGAGGUGAAACCUCACAUUCUUAUCACGUCUCGCAUUCAAGAGUUCAGUGAGUCAGUGAAUGUUAGGAAAUUGAAUGUAUUCAGCUCUGAAGUAGCUCUCGAAUAUAUUUCGACGAAACUAGACAAUGAAACACUGGAAGAUAAGAUGGUAUUGGCGGCCACUUUGAACAACUUACCGUUGGCUUUGCGACAAGCGACGGCUCAUAUUAAAUAUCAUAGAAAUCAAGACGGAAAAUACGCGAUUUGCAAAUACAUCGCCGAUUUCAACCAAUACCGAGAGCAAAUGCUGAGCUCCGUUCACUUCCAGAAAGAUAUUUUCCAUCAAUACAAAGAGACAACGUUGACAACGUGGCAAAUGACGAUGAAUGCUAUCAGGAAAUGUGAACCGGACGGAGAACUUGCUCUUAGGAUUCUUCAUAUCAUGGCCUACUUUGACAACGCACAAAUUAUGCGAAAAAUAUUCUUCAAUCUGGAAGGUUUAGCGGAUGAGCCGCAACGGAAAGAGACACAAGUGACAUCUGCUGUACGCCUCAUCAUAAACUACUCGAUGGUAGACGACUAUAAAUGCCAGAGCGUCUUGGGCAUUCAUAAAUUAGUUCAGGAAGUAAUCCAAAUUCAACUGGAAAAUGAAGAAAGAUCAGAAUCAACACUGAGAGACGGCCUCCGGCUGAUUUCGCAAAUCGAAGAAAACGAAAAAUUGAAACGUUGUCUUGAUCAUGCGAUCUCAGUCUACCGAUCGGCACUAAGAUUCAGGGAACUCGUUAUCGAAUUCGAUGUGUACCCUUCGAUGAUUUUAAAAAAAUUACUUAAAUCGGGUAACUAUCUGCGAGGCUUCAGCUUUGGAACUGAAAUCAAUGAACAAUUUACAGCGAUAGUAGGGAAUGAUCAUCCAAGCACGAUAGUGCUUCAUUUCAACAUCGCUCGAAUUUACAGCUAUUUGUGCAAAUAUACGGAAGCGCUUCGAAUGUUCGAAGAGGUUUUAGCAAAGCAGAAAAUGGUUUUAGGGACAGAUCAUCCAGAUACAUUUCGUACCGAGCAUAAUAUCGCUUGUUCGUACAACAAAUUGGGCAAACAUUCCGAAGCGCUUCCAAUGUUGGAAGAAGUUUUAGCAAAGCAGAAAAUGGUUUUAGGGACAGAUCAUCCAGAUACAAUUCGUACCGAGUAUAAUAUCGCUUGUUCGUACAACAAAUUGGGCAAACCUUCCGAAGCGCUUCGAAUGUUCGAAGAGCUUUUAGCAAAGCGGAAAAUCGUUUUAGGGACAGAUCAUCCAGAUACAAUUAGUACCGAGCAUAAUAACGCUGAAUCGUACAGCAAUUUGGGCAAACAUUCUGAAGCGCUUCGAAUGUUGGAAGACGUUUUAGCAAAGCAGAAAAUCGUUUUAGGGACAGAUCAUCCAGAUACAAUUCAUACCAAGCAUAUUAUCGCUUGUUCGUACAACAAAUUGGGCAAACAUUCCGAAGCGCUUCCAAUGUUCGGAGAGCUUUUAUCAAAGCGGAAAAUUGUUUUAAGGAAAGAUCAUCCACAUACAUUUCGUACCGAGCAUCAUAUCGCUUGUUCGUACAACAAAUUGGGCAAACAUUCGGAAGCGAUUCGAAUGUACGAAGAGGUUUUCGCAAAGCAGAAAAUGGUUUUAGGGACAGAUCAUCCAGGUACAAUUCGUACCGAGCAUAAUAUAGCUGAAUCGUACAGCAAUUUGGGAAACCAUUCGGAAGCGCUUCGAAUGUACGAAGAGGUUUUCGCAAAGCAGAAAAUGGUUUUGGGGAAAGAUCAUCCACGUACAUUUCGUACCGAGCGUAAUAUCGCUUGUUCGUACAACAAAUUGGGCAAACAUUCCGAAGCGCUUCGAAUGUUCGGAGAGCUUUUAUCAAAGCGGAAAAUUGUUUUAAGGAAAGAUCAUCCAGAUACAAUUCAUAUCGAGCAUAAUAUCGCUGAAUCGUACAGCAAUUUGGGAAAACAUUCGGAAGCGCUUCGAAUGUUGGAAGACGUUUUAGCAAAGCAGAAAAUGGUUUUAGGGACAGAUCAUCCAGAUACAAUUCGUACCGAGCGUAAUAUCGCUUGUUCGUACAACAAAUUGGGCAAACAUUCCGAAGCGCUUCGAAUGUUGGAAGACGUUUUAGCAAAGCAGAAAAUGGUUUUGGGGAAAGAUCAUCCAGAUACAAUUCAUACCAAGCAUAUUAUCGCUUGUUCGUACAACACAUUGGGCAAACCUUCCGAAGCGCUUCCAAUGUUGGAAGAAGUUUUAGCAAAGCAGAAAAUGGUUUUAGGGACAGAUCAUCCAGAUACAAUUCGUACCGAGCAUAAUAUCGCUGAAUCGUACAGCAAUUUGGGAAACCAUUCGGAAGCGCUUCGAAUGUUCGAAGAGGUUUUCGCAAAGCAGAAAAUGGUUUUGGGGAAAGAUCAUCCAGAUACAUUUCGUACCGAGCAUAAUAUCGCUUGUUCGUACGGCAACUUGGGUAAACAUUCGGAAGAGCUUCGAAUGUUCGAAGAGCUUUUAGCAAAGCGGAAAAUCGUUUUAGGGACAGAUCAUCCAGAUACAAUUCAUAUCGAGCAUAAUAUCGCUGAAUCGUACAGCAAUUUGGGAAACCAUUCGGAAGCGCUUCGAAUGUUCGAAAAGGUUUUCGCAAAGCAGAAAAUGGUUUUGGGGAAAGAUCAUCCAGAUACAUUUCGUACCGAGCGUAAUAUCGCUUGUUCGUACAACAAAUUGGGCAAACAUUCCGAAGCGCUUCGAAUGUUGGAAGACGUUUUAGCAAAGCAGAAAAUGGUUUUAGGGACAGAUCAUCCAGAUACAAUUCGUACCGAGCAUCAGGGAUUCCACGCACUCACUUUUCUCACUUUUUCCAACUAUUUUCAAGAUCUGAAAAAGUGAGGAACUAUUUGCUCUAUUUCUCACUUUUUUCAACUAUUUUCAGACCCUUUACUCACUUUUUUUUUAAAUCAAUUAAAAUAGAUUAGAAAAUGUUAGAAUUGUAAAGUUUCGCCUGCGGCGCUGGAAAAUUUCCUUUCUUUACUUCCAUAAAAAUUCUACUACCUUGCAAAAGGCAUUAUACCAGAGUAAACUCUAGAGCACAUAAAAACGUCGUGCCGUCGCUCCGCAUCUACUUCUUAUGUUUUUGCACUUUUCUGAGAUGAAUCUACGUAUCUCCGCUGCGUAUUUGCAUUUAUGCAUCAAUAGCUAUAUUUUUUAACCUUUGCAUCUGAUAUUACGAGUUCACACACAAAAAAAAGAUUUUAUAAAUAUCAUAAGCUCUAAAAAUUGUUAGUAUAUUGCAAUUCCUUUUGGAAUCCUUAUGAAUAAGGAUGGAAAUCGUUAAUUGAAAGAGUUAACUGAUAGUGCUCCUUCUUUUCGCUUUUUGUUUAGAAGGAUUGCGCAAAUGAUUGAAUUAACGUAUAAGGUGGAAGUUUUACGUUAUAACCAAGACGCUUUCAAGUUAUAAGUCAGGCUCUUAUAAGUAAAUUUUCAAAACAUCCAAAAACUUCAACCUUCAACAUUU